AUGGCUUCUCAGGAUCCCUUCGUGGGUGGUCUACCAGGCCACCCUGCUACACGGACUAUCAGCAACCCUGACUCCGUAAUUUCGAGAGAUCCAGAUGAAGAUACGCAAAGGCCCAAGUUUGCUUUGAGUCGGCGAGGGCAGUUGGCGUUCUUCACGCUUGCUGUCCUGACCUUGAUGGCAGCACUCGAUGGGACAUCCCUCUCCGUUGCCCUUCCGAUCAUCGCAGAAGCCCUUCAUGGUACCGCUAUUGAAGCCUUUUGGGCUGGCACCUCAUUCCUACUAUCUUCGACGGUCUUUCAACCAAGCUUUGCUUCCUUGUCUAACAUUUUUGGUCGUCGUCCUAUGGUUCUGAUUUCCAUAAUGUUCUUCUGCGUCGGCGCUAUCAUCGCAGCCGUGGGAAACAACUUCACAUAUAUGCUCGUCGGCCGGACGAUUCAAGGCGUCGGCGGUGGCGGCAUCAUUGCUCUAAGCGAAAUCAUUGUGACCGAUUUGGUGCCUUUGCGACACCGAGGUCAUUAUUUCGGCAUUAUCAGCGCCAUGUGGAGUAUUGGCUCGGUGACGGGUCCUAUUCUCGGAGGAGGCUUUGCAGAGAAGGUGUCCUGGCGCUGGAUCUUUUAUAUCAAUCUACCAUUUGUGGGAGUCGGUGUUGUCUUUGUGAUUCUCUUCCUGAACUUGAGGAUUGUUCCCUCCUCCUUUUCAGAAAAGCUCCGUCGUAUCGACUAUAUUGGGACUUUCCUUUUUGUCAGCAGUAUUUCGUCCUUCUUGAUUCCACUGACCUGGGGUGGUGUCUCAUAUCCGUGGUCUUCAUGGCAUACCCUGGUGCCAUUGAUUGUCGGAGCUGCUGGGUUACUCGUCUUCGCCUUCUACGAAACCCGCUAUGCCAAAGACCCUAUCGUUCCUCCUAUGAUCUUCCGAAACCGCACUGCAACAGUCUCCUUCAUGGGAAGUAUCUUACAGGGUCUCAUCCUUUGGUGCACACUCUACUAUCUCCCGCUCUACUACGAAGCAGUGAAGGAAUACAGCCCGAUUGUUUCAGGAAUCGCUCUUUUCCCUGAAACUUUCACCGUGGCUCCGAGCGCAGUGGUUGCAGGCGUUUUAAUCACCGUCACUGGCCAUUAUCGAUGGGCGAUCUGGCUCGGCUGGGCAAUCUCGACAAUUGGCCUGGGCCUGAUGUGCAUCAUCAAAUCCUCCACCAGUAUUCCAGGGUGGAUUCUCCUCAACGUGGUUCCCGGCCUUGGACUCGGCCUCCUCUUCCCCUCGCUAGGAUACGCCGUACAGGCAUCAGCAGCGCCCGAGAAUCUCGCCAUUGCCGUCGCAAUGUUCAGCUUCUUCCGCGCCCUGGGCCAGGCAAUAGGCGUGGCUGUGGGAGGAGUCGUCUUCCAAAACCGCAUGCGACAGAACCUGCUAAGAUACCCUAACUUUGCUCCCAUGGCAGACCAGUAUAGUCAGGAUGCAGCGGGCCUGGUUCAAAUCAUCAAGGCAAUGGCAGAUGGUGCCGACAAGUCCGACCUCAAAGACGCUUACACAGACAGUUUACGCAUUGUGUGGGCUGUAUGCUGUGGCGUGUCUCUAGUCGCUCUCUUGCUGAGUCUCUUCACCAAGUCCUAUAAUUUGGAUCAGGUCCUCGAUUCGAGUCAGACGCUGCAAGAAGAAAACGCAAAGAUCCCUCGCGAGAAAGACAUUGAAAUGUCAAUUGACGAAUUUAAUCGACAGCACACUCCCUGGUCUUACUGA